UAAAGACUAUGGGGAUGAAGCCGUAUUCAAAGGUCUCCUGUGAGCUAGAGAGACAGUUCAGCCAUUAAAGGCUAAGGCUCAUCACCAAAACUUAAGAGCUCAGUUCCCAGAAGUCCCUGCAUCCCCUAGGCCUGCAUCCCCUAGGACUGAGCCGAGGGGAGCCCACAGAAACCAAGUCAUACCUGUGCCUUUGUGCAGCACUGGAAAGGAUGUGUUCCACGCAUCUUCCUCCGAACACAGCAGGUGUGGGCCUUGGGAUCCAGGUCUCCUCUACACGCUUUCCACACACCUUCUCCCCUUUGGCCAGGAGCUCACUGCUCUGAGCUAGAAAGAGCUGAGGAUCCCACACAGAAAGAAAGCCACAUCCAAGCAAUCACCUCUCCCCGCCCGGCCCUCCCUCGAGUCUGCGCAAUUCACCAUCCAGAAGCGCCGUUCACCAUCCUGGGCACACAGGGCACAGCACAGCUGAGCAAUUUUCUCAGUACUUGUCCCUCAGCUUGCAUGCUUCAUGGAAGUUAGAAAUGUCACUGAGUUCGUGCUCCUGGGUCUAACCAGCAACCCUCGGAGCCAGGUACUGCUCUUCAUACUGUUCUUGGUGAUUUACCUCCUGACCCUCGCGGGGAACCUGCUGAUGCUGCUGCUAAUCAGCUCUGACGCCCACCUUCGCACCCCCAUGUACUUCUUUCUGAGGUACCUCUCCUUCAUGGAUGCUUUCUACUCUUCCGUCAUUGUGCCCAAGAUGCUGAGGAACCUCACGUCUGAGCGGAAGACCAUAUCCUUCCUUGGGUGUUUCAUUCAGAUCGCCCUGGUCAUAUUUUCUGGGGCCACCGAAGCCUGCCUCCUUUCCGCCAUGGCCUAUGACCGGUUCCAGGCUGUGUGCCACCCGCUGUUGUAUGUGGUCACUAUGAAUGGAAAGGUAUGUUCUGGGAUGGUGGCUGUAUCUGGGGCCAUAGGAAUGUGUGUCGGCCUGGUUAACACCCUCCUGCUAGCUCAGGAGAACUUCUGUGGCCCGAACGUCAUCCACAAUUUUGCCUGUGAGCUUCCUCCAGUGCUCUUGUUAGUCUGCUCUGACCCCUACGCUACUAUUGCCGCCAUCCUGACCACCUUGGCGACCUUAGGUUUUGGUUCACUCGCCCUCCUGCUGGGAUCCUACAGCCGUAUCAUCAAGACAGCCCUGGGCAUCAACUCGGCCACAGGUCGGAGCAAGAUCUUCUCCACGUGUUCUUCUCAUUUCCUUGUGGUUACCAUCUUUUAUGGCUCAGGAGUGUUCAGGUACAUGACUCCAGCAUCUGGCUCAGCCUUGGAGCAAGUGUUGUCUUUGCAGUACAGUGUGGUGACCCCACUGCUAAAUCCCCUCAUCUACAGCCUGAAAAACAAGGACGUCAAGGCGGCUCUGAGGAGGAUGCUGAGCCGGAAGUCCAGACUGACCUUGUAGCCAGACUCUCCUUCUCCAUCGAGGAUAAGAGUUGUAGAGGGGAAAGGUGCUAGAAGAGGUCUUGCCACUCGGCCACCUCCAUGUCACCUCAAGAAUAAUUUCUCUCCCUCCACUGCCCUGCCCCCUAGUGGCGGGAUAUUAGGAAACCUCCAGAAUAGAGCAGGUGAUGCCUGAGACAUCCGAAAGACCCACUUAGUACAUUAGGAAAUCCUCGGAGCUUCGCUAGCCUCUUCUACAGCUAUUUUUUUUAAUGAAACAACCUGUCAGACCACCAGUGAGGAUAGUGCCACGUUCUGAGUAAGUAGCACCUUGCCUGAGUAAGACUCAACUCCCAUUUGUUUCCAUCUCCCCUACCACCACCACCACCACCACCACCACCACCACCACCCCAAACAAAAAAAUCCAUUGCAAGAUCUAAACCUGCAAGUAAGUGAAAAAGAAACAAAUUAACUGUGUCUCUAGAGCCCUGUCUUCAUUCAUAAAAGCAGUACCCGGAGCAAGGCUCACCAAAUCCACAGUUGGUACUUGUGAACCACCUAACGGAUGAAUGAAGAAGUAGCGAAUCCACCUGAAGAUGCCCUUGUCCUGCGUGGGCCUAGGAGACCCGGAAGGUGAGGACCACCAACUAAUUUUAAGUUUCCUGAGGACAGAACUUCUAAUAACUUCUGUGUCUCCGUGGUCUAGUUCAUCGUUACUUAAUAGUUACAUUAGAUAGGGACGGAGAUUAGUGAGUGAUGGAGGAAGGGAAGGGAGAGAACAUCUGAAAAGGAACACUGCCUUUGCAAGUGAUGUGUCAGAGAAAAUAUCCCAGAGGAGAAAUCGGAAGAGGAGAGAGACUCCAUCUUGUGGAGCACUGACCUGAGUCCUUACUGUGAGCUCAGUGGAUACUAUAUGACAGAUCUUCCUCAAGCCUUCCCACCUCCCACCUGAACCUCCUGCCUGGGGUUUGGAACUGUUCCAGACCUAGAGGAAAGAGAAGUUGGAGAAGCAGAACAAAUGCCCAGCCACCAGCCUCCAGGACACUCUGCUCACAAGAAGUCAUCCCAGACAGAGCGGCAGUUUCCCAUCCGGCUUCUUCCCCGAUGCCAAGAGGACUGCCCAUGUCAAGUCUGCUGCUGUAAGCAGGGAGAGUGUGGCUUGGUGGUAGGACAUGUGCAUAGGAAAGGAAGAAAACAGCUCCCUCAUCAUCCCACGUGAGGUGACAGCAGGUGACAGCAUUUCACUUGGAAGAAGGAAGGCGGGAGGAGCUAGCUAGUGCUAGCUGUCCGUCAGAUGGGAUAAUCACGCUCGACUGAGUCACAAAGGUAACAUUUGUUCCCACAAGACAACUUAUAAUUCUUAUAAUUCUGUGAAUGCCAUGUUAAUUAUUGAGUAAAUAAAAUACGCAAGCUAGUGGGGGGAAGAAGAACAGACUAGGCACAAGUGUGUGCCUGAGAGUAGCAAAUGCUGACCUCAAAUGUCCUCUGCUGUCGCUUGUACAAAAGAACAUUAUCAGUGCGCCUUACUUAGGAAGUGGUUUCCCACUUACACAGAAACUGAACCGAGGGAAAGAACAGUUGAAAGACUGCCCCACCAUCCUGAUACAUAACAGGGAUGGAUAUACACGCAUUUUAUUUUAUUUUGUUUGUUUGUUUGUUUGUUUGUUUUGGUGUUUCAAGACAGGGUUUCUCUGUGUAGCCCUGGCUGUCCUGGAACUCACUUUGUAGACCAGGCUGGCCUCGAACUCAGAAAUCUGCCUGCCUCUGCCUCCCAAGUGCUGGGAUUAAAGGCGUGCGUCACCAUGCCCAGCUAUACACACAACCUUCGGUAGCAAUAAAUGACUGGAUGUUUAAAAACAAAACCUGAUUACAUGCUGGCUCCCAUUCUGCUUCUUGCUCCCCCAACCUAGAGCAAGGUUGUAUGAUCCUGUCUCUCCUGUCUUCCUUGUGCAAUUCACAGUUGCAGGGCAGAGUCAUUUGAUCCCAAGUGCAAUCGUGCAGUGGUACAUACACCACCAUCCACCAUCUGUAGCAUUAGAUCUGAUACAUCACUUGUAACCAUUCCAUCUGAUACACCGACAUCCAUCACUUGUAACCAUUCUAUCUGAUGCAAUUUGUAACCGUUCCAUCUGAUGUACGGCCAUCUGCUAUCCAUAACACUUGAUCCCAUGGGCAGUCCUACAGCUGCACACUGCUCUUCACCGUCCUCACAGAACCCACACUGUGAGACUCUCAAAUCUUGGACCUUGAAUCCCCAAGGCAAUGGAGCUAAUAAACUCAUCUCUUUAUGAGAUAGCUGCCUCAAGUAUCCCCCAGUGAUAAUGAUGCAAAGGCAGCCGACAUGACCAGAACCAGGACACCAGGACACUCAUCAGCACAGUCCAGCUUUGCCAUUUGAUGGUGCUGGUUCCUUUUUUUUUUUCCCCAACCAUGAGGCCGUCUGAAGCAAGUGCAAGUUGAUGGCUAAGGGGAAAACAUGCAAGUUCAGGGAGUAGAAUGAACCUCUGACUCUACCCUUCCACACACACCCAUGCUCAGGGCGUGGAUAAAUCCUGGGGACUUGGAGAAGCCUUUGUACCAUGAUAAGUAUGGGAGAGAUAACAUGCAGUGUCACAGGAGAGACGACAUAGUGUGUUUAAAUUUACACUACAGUGUAACGAUGGAUGCCAGUUAUUUCCUAGGAGUGUUUUCACAGAUAAAAGGCAGCUCUACACACACACACACACACACACACACACACACACACACACACACACACACCUCAUUUGUGCCUAUAGAUUUGCUAAGCAUAGGAGCUUCAUUUAGGAGCUGAUGAUUGCUAAGACAGAAGAAGUCUCAAAGGGUAUUGGGUAGUGCAAUAGUUUCCAUUGUCUCUUGACUGGGUUUAGAAUUUCCAGGGAAACCCAUAUCUCUGGGUGUCUAUGAAGGUGUUCCCAAAAUGUUUAGGUAAAGAGAAAAGACCAUGCCUUAAACGUGGGCAGCAUCAUCCCAUGAGCUAGUUUCCAGACUGUAUAAAAAAGAGAAAAUGAAUGUAAUUCCAGCGUUCAUCUCUCCUGACUUCCUAACUGCACACAGUGUGGCCAGCAUUCUCUACAGUCUGCUGCCAAGGCUUCCCUGCCACAGCAAACUGCAUCCUCAAGCCAAGAGCCAUUUAAACCCAUCCUCCCCCUAAGUUUUAUCUGGAAUGUCCUCACAUAUAUUUUUUAAAAGAACUAAUACGGUGGAGAUCUUUUGAAGCAGGAAAUCUCAGAAAACCACCUAACUCAAAGCUUCUUAAGAGAAAUCAGGUCAUGCACAUGGGACAGAGGUGAGCAGGUCACACUCAGACCAGCAAUGAGUAGCAAGAACGAAUGGCAAGGCCAGGAUCUGACCCCUGCCACACAUCCUACAAUCAAAAUAAGGAAAGUUCUGCAAGCAGUCAGCUUAAAAAACAAACAAGGUUCAAGACAUGUGGUAGAGAAAGACCAAACCAAAAGGCUCCAUGUGAAUACAUUCUUAAGAAAUGGUAACUUUCGCCGGGCGGUGGUGGCG